CCUCCCCCGCGGCCUGCCCCGGAGCCACCAUGUCGUUCGCGCUCGAGGAGACGCUCGAGUCGGACUGGGUGGCCGUGCGGCCCCAUGUGUUCGACGAGCGCGAGAAGCACAAGUUCGUCUUCAUCGUGGCCUGGAACGAGAUCGAGGGCAAGUUUGCCAUAACGUGCCACAACCGGACGGCCCAGAGGCAGAGGAGCGGCUCCCGGGAGCAGGCGGGGGUGCGAGGGGGCCCCGAACCCGGCGCGCCCGCGUCCGACGGGACCCGCGGGCCGGGCAGCCCGGCGGGCAAGGGCCGGCCCGAGCCCGCUGGCUCUGCGCCUCUGGGCCGGAGCCCCGGGCCCCGGAGGAGCCCGGCCUGGGCGGAGGGCGGCUCUCCGCGGAGCGCGCGCAGCCUUCGGGGGGACCCGCUGCUGCGAAGUCCGGCCGGCAGAGGGGCGGAGAGCCCACUCAGGAGCCCAGUGCGGGCCCGGUCCAGCCCGAUCCGGAGGGCAUCCGACGGCAGAGAUGGAGCCGGGGCCGCCGCUGCCGCAGCCCCGCCGGCGCCCAGGGAGGCCCCGGCGUCCUCCGUGCGGGUGGUGAGCGCCUGCGGGGCGGUCUCCGAGGAGAUCGAGGUGCUGGAGAUGGUGAGGGAGGACGAGGCGGCCCCGGCGUCUCUGGCGCUCUCGAACGCGGAGCAGCCGCCGCCCGCCGCCGAGCUGGAGUCCCCGGCCGAGGAGUGCAGCUGGGCCGGGCUCUUCUCCUUCCAGGACCUGCGCGCCGUGCACCAGCAGCUGUGCUCCGUGAACUCGCAGCUGGAGCCGUGCCUGCCCUUGUUCCCCGAGGAGCCCUCGGGCAUGUGGACCGUGCUGUUCGGGGGCGCCCCAGAGAUGAGCGAGCAGGAGAUCGACACACUGUGUUACCAGCUCCAGGUCUACCUGGGCCACGGCCUGGACACCUGCGGCUGGAAGAUCCUCUCCCAGGUACUCUUCACCGAGACCGACGACCCCGAGGAGUAUUACGAAAGCCUUAGCGAGCUGCGGCAGAAGGGCUACGAAGAAGUGCUUCAGCGGGCCAGGAAGCGCAUCCAGGAGCUCUUGGAUAAGCACAAGAAUACAGAGAGCAUGGUGGAGCUUCUGGACUUGUAUCAGAUGGAAGAUGAAGCCUACAGCAGCCUUGCAGAAGCCACAACUGAACUCUAUCAGUAUUUACUACAGCCAUUCCGAGACAUGAGGGAACUUGCCAUGCUACGACGACAGCAGAUCAAGAUUUCCAUGGAGAAUGACUAUCUGGGUCCCCGAAGAAUUGAAAGUCUACAAAAAGAAGAUGCUGACUGGCAGCGGAAAGCUCACAUGGCUGUGCUCUCAAUUCAAGAUCUAACUGUCAAAUAUUUUGAAAUAACAGCUAAAGCUCAAAAAGCUGUGUACGAUCGAAUGCGAGCUGAUCAGAAGAAAUUUGGUAAAGCAUCAUGGGCAGCAGCUGCUGAACGUAUGGAGAAGCUCCAGUAUGCAGUUUCUAAGGAGACUCUGCAGAUGAUGAGAGCUAAGGAGAUCUGCCUGGAGCAGAGAAAACAUGCACUGAAAGAAGAGAUGCAGAGUUUGCAGGGUGGUACAGAAGCCAUAGCCAGAUUGGAUCAGUUAGAAGCUGAUUAUUAUGAUCUGCAACUUCAGUUGUAUGAAGUACAGUUUGAAAUCUUGAAGUGUGAAGAGUUACUGUUGACAGCACAACUGGAAAGCAUCAAAAGACUUAUAUCGGAGAAGAGAGACGAAGUGGUGUACUAUGACACGUACGAAAGCAUGGAGGCCAUGCUGGAGAAGGAGGAGACGGCCACGUCUGUGCACUUACAGAGGGAAGAGCUCCAGAAACUCCAGCAGAAGGCGCGCCAGCUGGAAGCAAGACGUGGACGGGUUUCGGCCAAGAAAGCCUACCUCAGAAAUAAAAAGGAAAUUUGUAUUGCAAAACACAAUGAAAAAUUCCAACAGCGUCUUCGGAGUGAAGAUGAAUAUAGAAGCCAUCACACAAUACAACUAAAGAGAGAAAGAUUACAUGAUGAAGAAGAAAGAAAAAGUGCCUGGGUUAGCCAAGAAAGACAGAGAACACUGGAUAGACUUCGAACUUUCAAACAGAGGUACCCUGGCCAAGUUAUACUUAAAUCAACCAGAUUGCGCCUGGCUCAUGCGAGAAGCAGCAGCACAGCCAGUCCUGGGCCCUGCGAGGACCAGUGCGACUCUCUGCCAGGAGCGCUGCCGGUAGAAGAGAAGAGGGAAGAGGCGGAGGAACGAGGCGCCAAGCUUGGGCCAUCGCAGACAACAGAGCCCCAAAGCCUCCCACAGCUUGAAGAUACUUCGUUAGCACAACUUGAAGCCACUUCAUUACCUCUCAGUGGUCUUACCUCUGAACUGCCUCCUACUGGAUCUCUUCCACUUUUGAAUAACAUUGAUCUUGAACCAGGUUCUGCUACCAUAGAUCCACUCCCACCACCUCUCCCUCCAACACCGCCUCCCCCACCGCCACCUCCUCCCCCUCCCCCACCGCCACCACCUCUGCCAGUUGCUAAGGACAACACCCUAGAGACACUGGAGAAAGGUCUGCCUAGAAUGGAGGGAAAUGAGAAGAGGAUCCCGAAGUCUGCAAGUGCCCCCUCAGCACACCUCUUUGACAGCAGCCAGCUGGUCAGUGCCAGGAAGAAGCUCAAAAAGACUGCGGAAGGUUUGCAGAGGAGGAGAGUGAGCUCCCCCAUGGAUGAGGUGCUAGCUUCCUUGAAGCGUGGUAGUUUUCAUCUGAAAAAGGUUGAACAGCGAACUCUGCCUCCUUUUCCUGAUGAAGAUGACAGUAAUAAUAUCUUGGCACAAAUAAGGAAAGGGGUGAAAUUGAAGAAGGUACAGAAGGAAGUUUUAAGAGAAUCCUUCACGCUCCUGCCCGACACAGACCCUCUAACACGGAGCAUCCAUGAAGCUCUCAGAAGAAUCAAAGAAGCAUCCCCUGAGUCAGAGGAUGAAGAGGAGGCUGUGCCUUGCACGGACUGGGAAAACUAACAAGUGACCCAACAGAAAGAAAAAGAUACCUACAGUUGAAGAUUGGUUUUUAUUCUUUCGGAAAACAAAAUUUUAAGCACUUUGUUCCUCAGUUGGAUUUCAUUAGAUCCCAAGUGUAUGGGAUCAGUGGUGUGAAAAAAGGAAGCACAAUUGGCAAGUGAUCGCUUUUCCAGUCAUUCCAAUAGACCGUGAGUUUUAGAUGUGCAAUGUUCCUGACAGCAGUGAAGAAAAGGCCUUCCGGAGAUUCCUGGCUUUUGAAGCACCUUCCCCUCCUGUCCACGCAUUUACAUCCUUGUAGUGGCCAGUAGAGCUCGGGGUUGCUGUGAGUUGGAAGAACACUGGGUUGACAGAUCUACUGUGAGCUGUAUCGGGACUGCUUUGAAACCCAUCUUUCAGUGCACUGAAUAAGUCAUCUGCUUAAAUACAGAGCUGCUUCCAUAUCAGCUUCUAUAAAGUAGUGCGACACUCCGAAAAAGAAGUUUAUCAUGAUAGCUAUAGGACAGGAAUUGAAAGAAAAUCAGAUGGAAAGGCUCUGAAAAUUUCCACAUUACUCAUCUCCAAAGGAAUUUUCAUAAAGAUGUUUGACAACAUCUGAAAAGAUACAUAACCAUGGAGAUACACCUAUUACUGUGUUUACCACAACACAAUACAUUUAACAUGGCGUAUUUUUAGAAGACCACACACUCUUAACACUUUGUAAGGUUUCGAAGUACAAAUUUCCAUGCUUAGCUCUUCAUAAUUGUGAAUUUAUAAUAGUUUGAAUUUUAUGUGCAGCUUUGUUUAUGAGAAGCAAUACUUUGUAAUUUGAUAAUAUUUCAAAUUAUCUUUAGUCUUUUUGUUUGAACUAUUGCUUGAUUACUGUAACUUGACAUGACUUUCCUAUUGAGAAUCAAAAUCAGGAUUCAGUAAUAGGGAUGCAGAUCUUAAGUCUUUUUAACAUGCACCAUUUUAAGUUUUAUUUUUAUGCUCCACAGUGAAAAAAGUGUGCCGUGUGCAGUUGUGUGGCACUUAACGACAGGUAUGCGUUCUGAGAAAUGUGUCAUUAGGCAAUUUCCUCAUUGUGUGAACAUCAUAGAGUGUGCAGCCUACUCCCACCUAGGCUGUGUGGCGCUAAACUUAGGGGACCACUGUCCUGUGCGCGGCCUGUCGUCGACCGAAGCCUUGUUAUGCGGCGCACGGCUGCAUGCAGAAUGCAGACAGGCAGAAAAGCCUGCUUGCCUGGCGUUUCACUAUCUCCACAUGCUGUGAGUGGGAUUUUGGGAGAGAGCCUUUGUUAUUGUCACUAAGUUUUUCAACGUGUGUGUAGCUCUAGGUGCUGAUUUUGCUGUAAUGGAGUCCUGAAGGAUGCCUUUAUAUGAAUGGAGACAUCAUGAAUUCUCAGCAGGACUGUUGUAGGCUUGAAUGAAGGUAGAUAUGUGGAACUCAGUUUACAGUGUGCUGUCUUGUGUAAUUCUGCUUGAGACAGAUGCUGGCCUUUAUGAGAAAGGAGUUAAGGACUGAAGCACCAAAAAGAACUUUCUUUCUUAUGAGGCGGUUCUCUGGCCUGGACCCAGAAGCAGUCCCAGAGUAAAAGCCCUCCAAAGUAUAUGAAUCGGUGUUCCUGGAGAAAAAAAGAAAUGGUCGCACCUUUAUCACUUUAAAAUGUUAUUUCCUUUAAAAUAAUUAUGGGGAAAGUUUUUUGGCAAUAGGUUAUAUAAAACAAAAUCUUUCUGCUUAAAUGUUGGUAAUAUGUUUAUAGAUGAGACUAGGAGCUUUUGCACACCAUUUUCACGAUACCUUGGUUGUAUUCUAGCAUUAUUCCCACAUCUUGUCUGGGAAGAUUAGAAAUCUUCACCCCAUGAUGGGGGUGGGGGGGUAGAUUUUUUUUCCCUGUACACCUUCAGUAAAGCAUUGAAGUAUGCCUUUUAACCCAAAGAAUGAUUGGUUUGAUUGUUAAUACGUCUGAAAAAAGUUUUUUUAGCAAAAAUCAUGUAUUAGUUUUAUGCCUUUGGAUGCUUGUUCAUUACAUAAGUUGUUUUUGGUUUUUGUUUUCACUUACUGACAUUUAGAAAAAUACUGGAGGAUCUAGUGUUAAAUUAACAACAAAGGCAUGGGGACUUUCCUGUGUUGAGGGAAUUACUACCCAUUUAAUCUUACAGCUGGGAUUCCAUGUUAAAGACAGGCUCACUUAUACAAGGGUCCUGUGGUCUGUCUUCCUGAGAGCCCUAGAGACCCUUGUAGGGCGCACUCACGGCUCUCAGCACGUCCCUUUGUAGCGCUCCGUGGCGGUUAUCCCACACUUGAGAGUGAGUAGGUGAAAGGAAAGCCUCGUUGGCAGCCACUGUGCUCAUUCUCUGGCAAAUAACAUUCUCCAGCACACCCGUUCUCUUCCUCAAGAUUCAGGUUCCUGCUUCCACAAAAUUACACUUUAUUUAGCUGCAGGUCAUCAGCUGCGCAGUUCUCACAAAUAAUAUUAAAAUUUCAAAUAACUAUGGUCCACUUGUCCGUCAAGAUGAGAUUACCAAUUGAAUCCUCUUGUUAAUUUUAAAGCAGUUUCAGAACCAAAAAUUAUAUGUAAACAUGGCUAAUUUUUUUUUUUCUUGUCCCUAAGAAAAUGAGCAUCUUUGGUCUUAGUAUUUGGCCUUAGUAUUAAAUUUGUAUAUAUUUACUUAUCAUGGUACUUCCAGAUGAUCAUGUUUCCAGUUCCAGUCUUGCCUGUACUAUUUAUAUGGUUUAAAAUAUUUGACAGUUUUAUUUCUGUUAUUGUAUCAUUUCUGUGUUAAGAUCCACAAACAGCUGCUUGCUGAUGUUGAGUCAAUUCAGAGGUGAAUUGACCAGUCUAGUCUCAACAGCAAUAUAUUGAAAAUCGGGAAACAAGUAGAUGAUGACUUGGGGAUGUUUUGAGGUUAAUGUUACUGCUCACUUGAAUGUCAAUUUUCAGUAUUUCCCCUACUAAUGCGACCAACAUUAUGUAUAUAUAACCAGUGUGGCCUGUUUAGAAAAGGUGUGGUUAGUGACGUACACUCCCCAUGGCACUGGAGGGUGCAGUGAGGAAAGGCCUGGCUCGAGGAUUUCCACAGAUGAGCACUCACCUUGCUUACUCGGUGGAUAUUUUAUCAGCUUAUGGAGUUGGUGAGCAGCAUAAAAACAAUCAUUCCUUAAUUCUUCAUUGUGGAACUGGCACAUUUCUAUAAAAUGCAUUUCUAAACAGGCUCCAAGGCACAGCUGUAACAGUCGAUCAGCUGUAGUAUUUCCACAGUGGGAAUGUGGGGAUUUUCUCAUGACAUGAAACCGUAGAAAAUUCUCAGCACUGUCAUGUACUCUGUAUAAUGAGGGGAAAAUCCUUGUUUCUACAAAGCUGCAGGGUGUAGCAAUACAUGGUAACAUAUGGCCUGACCACUUGAUGUCAUAAAAUGUGUUCACCUGUAAAGCAUACUUUGGCCAUAGCAGAUACUAAAGAAUUAAAACUCUUACUAUAUCAGUGGAGCAAAAAUUAAUGGGCAGCAUCCUCUCUGUUUGGAAUGGGACCAGUAUACAAUUUAAUUUUAUACAUUGCCUUAGACUCCAGUUUUUAACUACAUUCAUUGAGUAUGUGUAUGAAUUUAAGUCACUGCUUUUAGCCUAGGUGCAGUUUUUUUCUUUCACUAAAUACAAGGGGUUUUUUUGCCCUAUAAUUUAAUUGUUAUGCACUCAACAUCAGAUACCAACCUGUAAAGUACUAAUGGGUCCUUAAAGGCCUUAUCAGGGAGUUGAAAUUUCAUAUAUAUUACCGGGUUAUUUGUAAAGAAUCUUUUUGAACAGCUGUAAAACAUUUAAAAACCAUGGCAGAUGCAUUGUUAACAUGCAGCCAUUUGAUAGUGAAAGCAGAAAACUUAACAAGUUUUAUCUAAUUCCUGCACUGAAUUUAAAUGAUAAUAUAAAGUUAAACGUGCAUUUUAAACAGACUUUAUUCCCAUUUAUUGCUUAGCAUGGAAGAGCUGUGCUUAGUGCUAGAGGAUUGACGGACAAGAUUUAUCUCAGAUGGCAGAGAGGUAAGCCAGUUGAAGCACCUUACUUUUGGAGCACGUUGCGUUUCUUCCGGCUCCUGAGCCUUCAGUAGCUAUCCCUGAACUCUCCCGCAGAGCGCUCUGUAGUUAAAGCACAUGAGGAAGAGCCUCUGCUCAGUUAAGCUUUGUAAAAUGAAGCAAUGGUAUUUUUUAUCCUGUAAAUAUAGUCUAAUUUAAAAGUUUUUCCUACAAAAUGAGUUUAUAUUGCUGCCUAAACUAUCAUAUAUGUAAACAGAGGUUUUUUAAAGGUGAGAGGGAGUCUGGAUUGCGUGUGUGUGUGUGUGUGUGUGUGUGUGUGAAAUGUUUGCCCAUUAUUUCGAAGACGUGUUCAUUCUAAAAUUUUCUGUUCUGCCCAUGGUAAAUGUACAGCUUGGUAUUUUGAGGAAUUUAGUUGAUUGAAUUCCAAAUUUAUAAAUGUUUCUCCCCUUCUGCAAACAUGAUAAUUAUGCCGCUGUAAGGUGCAUGUACAGAAAAUACCUCUGAGGUUGACAUAUUAAAUAUUUUAUUAAUGUUAUUUCACACUGAAUCUCAAAGCAGCUAUUUGUUUUGAGGGUUAGGGGGAAGUUUGUUUCUUUUCAAGUCAGGUAUAACUAAGUGUGGCGCAAUUUGGGGAGUUAAGGACGGAAAGGAAAGACCCUGGAAAGGGAUCUUGAGGUGUAUACAAAAGGUAUGGGUGUUGGUUUAGAGUUCAAUUUUAACAAGGGAAGUUUUGGUUUUUGUUUUUUUUUUUAACUUGCAUGUUCUAUGGUUAACUAUCAAAGAGUGUAACAAGUUAUUCUAGCUUUUCCAAGUACUAAUUAUGUUGGUUUUAAGAAGUCUCCAUAAUCACAAGAUGGCUUUUUCCCUUCAUUUGUGAACCAAGAGGGGUAGACAAUACAGCCCAUAGGUGGCUUCUGACUUCUUCAACUUGGACAGAAUCCCCACUGUCUCAUUGAAUUUCUCAUUGUACUGUAUGUCUUGCCAAGUGUGAGACCGUAAUAUAUAGUUUAUGAAAAAUCGAAGGCUACAGAUCAUUUUGCAUGAAUAAUAAAGCCCAUUAGGGCUAAUGAAACUGACAUGUUUUUUAGCCUUUCUGGUUAAAUGAAACUUUUAAUGGCAAACUGACUCACCAUUUACCAGCUUUGUGCAAUGUUAUAAUGGUAGAAGCAGACACUAACUGGCACACUGCUUGGCUGGUGAGGAUGGCUUUACCACCGAGACGUCAGUUGGACAGUGUGCACAGUGUAUUGUAAAUGCCAACUCUUGCAAAUUUACAAUACUUAAUAUGCUCAGUUAACAUUCUAAAGUAUUAAAAGUGCAAAGAAAAAACUAGGCAGGCAUUUAUAGCAAUACUCUGAAAUCUCCAAUUGUUUUGACGGUUGCCUUUUGCCCUUUAGUGCAGCUUUUCUGCAUUGUAAUUUGUCUUGCUUUGUAUUUCAUGUUUUACACUCAUGACUUCAGAGUUAAGUACUUGUUCACCAAGUGUUGCAAUCACCUUUCUCUUCUUGUACAUGCAAUGUAACAACAUACAGUUUUGGUGCUUAACGAUAUUCCUUUUUUUCUUUAAUAAAAGAUAUUUAUUGAGUUAACUUAA